CCUGGACGUCCCGCCCCGCCCCCUCUGCGGCCCCAGAGCUGGGCGGCGUGCGCGCCCCCGCGCCGCGCCGAGCCGGGCGCUCGGAAAGGCGUCCCCGCGGUGCCUGACAGUUCCUUCCUCAAUGCCUGCCCUGUGAGUGGCGAGGAGCGGGGAGUCUUGCCAUAUCAGGAGGGCCCUGUUACGUGAGGCUGUGCACGGAGACUAUUCCAGGAAGAAGGGGGGACACUUGGUGGGCGGGGUGAUUUCGGGCAGUCAGGUGGGCGACCCGCGUAGGCGUCUGAAAGGCCCGCGUCGUUAGGGAAGGCAGGAGCGGCGUCUCUGGUUACAGGGUUAGGCAAAGGGCAGAGGUCAGCGUCCAGGUUGGACAGCAGCACCUUUGAGCGAUGGCGGCGUCUGGGGAACCCUGGAGGCAGUGGCAGGAGGAGGUGGCGGCGGUGGUAGUGGUGGGCUCCUGCAUGACCGACCUGGUCAGUCUUACUUCUCGUUUGCCAAAAACUGGAGAAACCAUCCACGGACAUAAAUUUUUUAUUGGCUUUGGAGGGAAAGGUGCCAACCAGUGUGUCCAAGCUGCUCGACUUGGAGCAACGACAUCCAUGGUGUGCAAGGUUGGCAAAGAUUCUUUUGGCAAUGAUUAUAUAGAAAACUUAAAACAGAAUGAUAUUUCUACAGAAUUUACAUAUCAGACUAAAGAUGCUGCUACAGGAACUGCUUCUAUAAUUGUCAAUAAUGAAGGCCAGAAUAUCAUUGUCAUAGUGGCUGGAGCAAAUUUACUUUUGAAUACAGAGGACCUGAGGGCAGCAGCCAAUGUCAUUAGUAGAGCCAAAGUCAUGGUCUGCCAGCUCGAAAUAACUCCAGCAACUUCUUUGGAAGCCCUAACAAUGGCCCGCAGGAGUGGAGUGAAAACAUUGUUCAAUCCAGCCCCUGCCAUUGCUGACCUAGAUCCCCGGUUCUACACCCUCUCAGAUGUGUUCUGCUGCAAUGAAAGUGAGGCUGAGAUUUUAACUGGCCUCACAGUGAACAGCGCUGCAGAUGCUGGGGAGGCUGCAUUAGUGCUCUUGAGAAGGGGCUGCCAGGUGGUAAUCAUUACCUUAGGGGCUGAGGGAUGUGUGGUGCUGUCGCAGACAGAACCUGAACCAAAGCACAUUCCCACAGAGAAAGUCAAGGCUGUGGAUACCACGUGUAGACCUGGCUCAAGACCCAAGAGUGAAGCAGCAAGUGUGAAGAAGCAGAAACAUUAUAAAUAACCCAGAGAAUCCUUUUAUAACAGCAACUGCCUACUGAUUUUGUGGCCUAACAGCUCGAGCAAAAACGAAUAUAAAUACAACAUUGUGCAAUGACUAAUUACUCAAAAUUUUGUGCAUCAGCAGAAGUGGAACCUGUGGUUGGUGCUAAUAUUAUGAAAUGCCUUUGCUGUUUAAUAAUCUGGUAGCUCUAUAUUAUUUAGCAUGCAUUUUUCUUGAAGAACAAUGAUUUUAUUUCAAGUACCUCUCACUGAAAUAAAAAAGCAGCUGUUAGAAGAUGAACAUUGGGCAGAAAAUAUUUUAGCAAAUCUUUUGUAAGAUACUAAGUCCUACUGGAUUAAUUGUUUUCUGUCUAGAAUGGUGGAGUCACAAAAAAAAGGCGAUUGCUGACCACAAAAGGCAAAAGGCCAACCUUUAGAACUCAGUGAAUCACUAACAGACAUUUUAGUUUUAAUUGCCAUUUACUCACCAAUAUAUAUACAAAGCUCUCAUUAAUAUUGCCUGAAGAAUGGGCCCUUUUUAAUGCCAUUUUUAGCUCGCUCUCAGGAUUCCACUUCUCUUUUAUUAAUGUGGAAUUCUUUAAAUUGUAGAAUAAAUUAACCCACCGCAGACAUUUUGGGCAGAAUGGGGUUUUCAGCAAAUUUUCAGCCUCCACAGGCCAUUCUUCUCAGCAGCUUGCCAGCCA